AUGAAUGAAGAGACAUCAACACUACUUCGGAAUAGAAAAGGAGAAGACCAUGACUCAAACAAACCACAGACCGUCGAGAUUGCAAACCCCGACAUUGAUUCCCUGAGUGUCCAGGACACCCCCAUGACCCACAGAUCCUUGGAGUCCAGAGAUCUGACUAUUUCUUCGGGAGAUUCCAAUGCCUCGGUUAAAAGUAAGCCGCUUCUCCACAUUGCCCCCUUGAACACGCCACUACAACACCGGUUGGAAACACUUGGGAUCAUGUGGCACUGUCUCAGUAUUCCCUUCUUCAUCUGCUUAUUUUUGCUUACAAUCAGCGUGGGGUGGGUAGUUUGGCUCUGCAUUCUUGCACCCUACUUUGUCUGGUGGUAUGGCUUUGACUUGCAUACUCCGACCAACGGGAAAGCCGCAUAUCGGGUCCGAUACUGGAUGAAGAACCUCAUUAUCUGGGAUUGGUUUGUCAAUUACUUCCCCAUCCGUGUCCACAAGACUGUUGACUUGGAACCAACAUUCACCUACGUAGAAGAAAACGUCGAAAAGGAAAACCUCGCCAAGGACGAUGAGCAGGACUUGGUUUCCGAGAACUCACGUACCGUAAUUGACAAGAUCUUCAAGUUUCUCGGCUUGAAGAAGCGAUUGAAUGACGACGAGCAGAAUGGAACUAUAUCACCUACUACAACCACCACCAAUGGCAAGAAACGAGUGCAUAAAGUAACCACAGGUCCACGGUAUAUCUUUGGAUACCACCCACAUGGAGUCAUCUCCAUGGGUGUGGUUGGCUCGUUUGUCACCAAUGUACUUAGAAACGAACCUUGGUCUCCACCGCUUAAGUUUCUCAAACCGUUAUUCCACGAUUCAAGUAAGGGAGAACGGCUCUUACCAGGAAUCGGAAACAUCUUCCCCUUGACACUUACUACCCAGUUCACAAUACCGUUUUACCGAGACUAUUUGUUGAGUAUGGGGUUGACAUCUGCCCUGGCCAAGAAUAUCAAGAGUUUGAUUAAUAAUGGUGAUAAUUCAGUGUGUCUUGUUGUCGGUGGGGCCCAGGAAAGUUUAUUGAAUCAUAUGGUGGCUGGGAAUACCAGAGUAGGGUAUGGGUUUAAGAAGGAUUUGCUGGAUCUGGAGAAGGACCAAGCAAAGGAAGAACUUCCAGCGGAAGUUAAGCAAGAAAAAACAGAGCAGAUCAAUGGUGUCAAGUUGGAAGAUAAUCUGCAAGUAAAGAAAGAAUCACAAGAGGAAGUGGAUGAAGUUAAACAAGAACAACCUCAACUUGAAGUACCUAAACGCGAAGUCAAGCUCAUCUUGAAUAAACGUAAAGGGUUCGUCAAAGUGGCAAUUGAACUCGGGAAUAUCUGUCUUGUGCCAACGUUUGCAUUUGGAGAAGCAGAUAUCUAUCAUUUAACCGUUCCUGAACCUGGUUCAUUAGGAUACAAGUUCCAACAGCUUGUCAAAGAUGUUUUUCAAUUCACAAUUCCAUUUUUUAGUGCCCGAGGGGUGUUCAUUUACGAUUUUGGAUUUUUACCUUACCGUACCCCUAUCAACAUUUGUAUGGGCCGCCCUAUCUAUAUUCCUUCCACUGCUUUACAAGAUUACUUGAAAGAACAUCCCGAAGAGGAAGAAAAGGAAAUUCUGACGGAUCACAAAAAACCAUCUCACCCUAAACAAACUCCAAUUUUAGGCAAGCUAUUCCCUAAACCUGGUGCUCCUAUCCGAACCAAGAUUCCUCAGAAAUUGUUGGAUCAUUACCAUAAGUUAUACGUUGAAGAGUUGAAACGGGUAUUCGAAGACAACAAAGAGAGAUUUGGUUAUGGCGAUGUACAGUUAAAUAUUGUUGAGUAGAGAGUAUAUUACAGUUUAAAUCUUUUAUUUUAGUGUUUUAAUCCACAUUUCUAUUUACAUCAUACAUAUAAAAAAAACACAAUCAUUAUGCUAAAAGGUAUUGUUGUUUCUCCAUUCUUCGGGUAUCUUUCCUUCCUCUUUCAAUUUCAAGUAUUGUUUGAGUAACUUUCUAUCGACUUUGGUUCUCCCACCAACCUUUUUAUAGAAAGCUUUAGGGUUGGCCAAAGCGGCCUUGAGUUUAGCAUACUUUCGAUCAUACUCUUCGCUCUUGAGUUUUUCCAUCUUUUUCUUUUCAAUUUGUUCAAGUUCCCACUCUUUAAACCCAAGAGGAGUCUUUUGAUACGGUGGAAGUCCAUCCAUAGGAAGAUUAUCCCACAAGUACUCAUCGUCAAUGUCGUUCAAACCGGGGUUGAGCUCAAGCAUACCGGAAAUGCUCGACUUUAACGGAUGUGGUCUUUGCCUGGGGUCAAGAAUGAACACGUCGUUAUCGAUGUCAAUCAGGAGCAUGGGGAGGUUUCCUGAUUCAUCCUUGGUUUCUCCACGGGCAAUCAGUUCGAGUAUUGUUACUAUAUUGCGUUCUUUGUCGUCAAAGUCUUUUUCGUCUUUGGGUUUAUCCCGGAGGGAUUUUAUGUACUUGUCGGGUAUUUUGAAAUCUACGAAGGUGGUGGGGGAUGGCGUUGAGACUGAGGUUGUUGGUGGGUCAAGACCGACUGAUUUGUACAAAUCGGAGAUUGCAAGGUUCGAUAUGGUUUCGGGAAGUUUUGGUAAUUGUUUAUAAUGGGUUGGUUGGACAGAUGUGGGUGGCGGAGCCGCAGUAUUGGGUGUGACACUAGCAGAUGUAGUGGCGGCAAUAGCAGUAGCAGUAGCAGCAGCAGCAGCAUCAGCAGCUAAAGACUCCACUUUUUUGGUCUUCUUGUGCUUGUCAACAGAUGAAGAUUUAAUCUUGCAACCUUCGUCCAACUUGGAAGUCUUUCUCUUGGUGAUAACAGUUGGCUUCUUGAUCUCUGGUGUGUCUCCAGGAACUUUGGAUAGGUACCUUGCGAAACCAACCAUGGAAGAUUUCACACACGGAGACAGCAUCAAAGGUGCAGUCCUGCGUAUAUUGAAAGAUAACAUGUGUGGUUAUUGUAUUGAUGGAGGAGAAUACCAAAAGAUGACUCUAGAUUGUAUUAUAUUACUAUAGUUGUAUCCGUUACUAAAAGGUACAUACAACAUUGUUAGGAAAAAGAAAAUCUUUGACCUCAACAACAUUUGCAUGUUACUCCGUGUGGUUUGCAGGUUACCAACAUCCACGUGACUUGCUGUGGCAGAUUUUGCACUUUGGGAACUUUUACAUGUUGUGGCUCGCGGCUUAAAAUUUUUGCUCUUUUAAUAAGUAAGCAUGUGGCCAACAGCAGUUAGAGCAGUACGAAAGGUUAGAAGCACAUUCUCGAUAGAUAACUCGUUUUAUUAUACUAAUAAAAACCUUAAAAUGUCACCUGAACGCGUCCCCGCCUCACAAUUACCACACCACUACGACGGUAAAGUAACCCUCGCCGUCAUUGGAGGCACUGGUCUUUAUGAUUUGCCCAACCUCCACCCCGUGGCCCGUCUUACCAUUUCCACACCAUGGGGGUUCCCAUCAGGUGCCAUCACCAUCGCCCACACCGAACUGGGCUUCCCUGUUGCGUUCUUGGCCCGUCACGGCCCACAUCACGACUUGCUCCCCUCUGACGUUCCAAGUCGCGCCAAUAUCGCCGCUUUGAAGUCCAUUGGUGUCAAGGCCAUCAUUGCCUUUUCUGCCGUGGGGUCGUUGCAACCAGAAAUCAAACCUAGGGACUUUGUCUUGCCUACCCAAGUCAUCGACCGUACCAAGGGUAUCAGACCAUCUACUUUUUUCGAAAAGGGAUUUGUCGCCCAUGCCAUGUUUGGCGAGCCUUUUGAUCUCCAGUUGAACAAGUUGAUUAGAGACGCCGUUGAUUCCAACGGAUUCUUGGACGGAUUUGGCAAUGACCAUACCCCUGUUUUCCACACCAAGGAGAAAACCAACAAUGGCGAAGAUUUAACUAUUAUCUGUAUGGAGGGCCCGGCAUUCUCCACUCGUGCCGAAUCAAGAUUGUACAGAUCAUGGGGAGGUUCAGUCAUCAACAUGUCGGUGUUACCAGAAGCCAAAUUGGCCAGGGAAGCUGAGAUUGCCUAUCAAAUGAUUUGUAUGUCUACCGACUAUGACUCCUGGAACGAAUCUGAAGAGCCAGUGACUGUGGAAACCGUGGUUGGUAACUUGAAGGCUAACUCCACCAACGCUUGCAAAUUGGCUGCACACUUGAUCGAUGCCAUUGCUACCCACCCAGUUGAGUUGGGUAAGGACUUGGAAGGAACCAUGAAAUUUGCCGUCAGCACCAAUCCUAACGGAGUUAAAAAGGAAUUAUUAGAAAAGAUGCAUUUCUUGUUCCCUGGAUACUGGCCGUUGCAGUAAAUUUUUGCAAUCUUUCUGAUAAGAAAAAGCCUGGAUGGAAACUUAGUUAGUUAGUUAGUUAGUUAGUGUAGCACUAUUUCUGCAGAUACGUAUAGACUUGCCUUAUAGAGUAUUAUAGCAACAGGUAGUAUGCAGGAACAUUGUCUAAGUGAUUGUUUUUAAUAGAGUUUGCAAUUACAAGUAACACCAUAAAAAAUCUAUUGUGGUGUGGUUU